GUUGAUUUUUCAUCAUGUACUCAAAAGGAAAGUCUAGAGUUAAGAAGUCUAUCCUUCAAAGAUGUAAAUGGAAAAGCCAUCGAAUUACUAGGACAGCUCAAAAAUAUUACAAGGCUGAAACUAAUUUGGUGUCAUAAAUUUAAUUUUAAAUUGAAUUCUUGGAUAAGAAAUUUACCAAAGAUUGAAGAAUUUGAAUUUAUGAGAUUCUAUAUUGGUUAUAUGUCAAUAAGCUUUAUAAUUAGAUUAAUUCAAACUGCUUCACUUACGUUAACUCGAUUGGUUGUAGAUUAUGAAAUGGUGGAUGUCUUUGAUUACCAAGUUACUCAAAUAUACAAAUAA